AUUGAAGAGUAAACUUGCCCCAAAGAUAUACGGCCCACCAGAAUCGGCAAUCACCAAAGAGCUAAUUGAGCGACAGAUCAGAGGGUUCAUGACCCUUGAAGAGGCCUUGCAAACAAAGAAGCUAUUUAUGCUGGAUUACCAUGACUUGUUGUUACCUUAUGUGAACAAAGUAAGAGAGUGCAAAGGGACAACACUGUAUGGGUCGAGGACUCUUCUUCUUAACACCUGAUGGCACCUUGAGGCCUUUAGCCAUAGAGCUGACUCGGCCACCGGUAGACGGCAAGCCUCAGUGGAAGCAAGUGUUCACACCUACCGGGGAUGCUACUGGUUGCUGGCUUUGGAGGCUUGCCAAGGUUCAUGCCCUUGCUCAUGACUCUGGUUAUCACCAGUUAGUCAGUCACUGGCUAAGAACUCACUGCAUGACAGAGCCUUACAUAAUUGCGAGCAACAGGCAACUUAGUGCAAUGCACCCGAUUUACAAGCUAUUGCACCCUCAUUUUCGGUACACAAUGGAGAUCAAUGCUUUGGCUCGACAAGCCCUCAUUAAUGCUGGUGGAAUUAUUGAGACUUGCUUCUCACCCAAAAAGUACUCUAUCGAGCUUAGUUCUGUUGCCUAUGAUCAACAGUGGCGUUUCGAUCUCCAAGCACUACCGACUGACUUAAUUAGCAGGGGAAUGGCUGUGGAGGAUCCAACAGCUCUGCAUGGCCUAAGGCUAACCAUUGAGGACUACCCUUUCGCGAAUGAUGGUCUGCUAGUUUGGGAUGCCAUAAAGCAAUGGGUUACAGACUAUGUCAAACACUAUUACCUAGAUGCAAGCUUUGUACAGUCUGACAAAGAGCUUCAAGCAUGGUGGACAGAAAUCCGAACAGUAGGUCAUGGUGACAAGAAAGACGAAACAUGGUGGCCAGUGUUGAAAACCCCACAAGAUCUAAUCGGAAUUCUCACAACUAUGAUCUGGGUAACAUCCGGUCACCAUUCAGCUGUCAACUUCGGGCAAUAUAUCUAUGCAGGUUAUUUCCCCAAUAGGCCUACCAUUGCGCGAACCAAAAUGCCUACUGAAGAUCCAACUGAUGAAGAGUGGAAGUGUUUCAUCAACAACCCUGAAGUUGCCCUCUUGAUGUGCUUUCCUUCUCAAAUUCAAGCUACAAAAGUCAUGGCUGUUUUGGAUGUGUUAUCUAAUCAUUCAACGGAUGAAGAGUAUCUCGGUAAGGACAUGGAGGCAUCAUGGAUAGAAAAUCCAAUUAUAAAGGCGGCAUUUGAACGGUUUAAUGGGAAAUUGAAGGAGCUAGAAGGAGUCAUUGAUCGUAGGAAUGUUGAUAAGAACUUGAAGAAUAGAUGUGGAGCUGGUGUGGUUCCUUACGAGCUUUUGAAGCCAUUUUCUGAACCUGGAGUGACAGGGAGGGGAGUUCCAAAUAGCAUCUCAAUUUGAGAAGUGAAUGCAUUUGUGAGAAGUAACAUUAAAA